GACAAAAAUAGCCCUCCUUUAGGAUUGAAGAUUGCAGAAAGCAAACACACACAACCGCCAAAGGGAAAGACAGCCUCUUCAAGUAGCUUUCUUGCUUUUCCACCAUCUCCUCAAAAUUAAUUGCUCUCCUCUCUCUCUCAUCUCCCUUUUCUUUUCUGCUAUGGAUUUUGCUCAGUGGCCACAGGUUAUUGGAGUCGUUGCAAGCUCAAAACCUAGCAAUGGCGGCGGCGGCGGAGGAGAGAAGGAGAAGAAGCCGCGGCCGGAGAUGGAGCAAGCUCUGAACUGCCCCCGCUGCAACUCCACCAACACCAAAUUCUGCUACUACAACAACUACAGCCUCUCUCAGCCUCGCUACUUCUGCAAGACCUGCCGCCGCUACUGGACCGACGGAGGCUCCCUCCGCAACGUCCCCGUCGGCGGCGGCUCCCGCAAGAGCAAGCGCCCCGAUCCGCCCCAAAACCCUAGGAUCGGAGCCCUCAAUUUGGCCGGCAACCGCGGCAUCGAUCCCGUGCUGCUGCAUCAAACCCUAAGAAAACCUAAUUUCGACCCCAAUUUACCGCUGAUGGAGCUGCUCAUGCCGCCGCCUCCGAUCGCCGCGGGAUUUCCGCCGCAGAUGGUUCCUUUUGAGGAAUUGAAGGCGGUUUCGAAUCACGGUGGGUUUGAGCCGGAGAGAGGAGUGCAAGAUGAUCACAGCAAUGUCUACUGGUCUUGGUGAUGAUGAUGAUGAUGACGAAAUUAUGAUAAAGUUUGAAUCUUUACUCUUAAUUAUUACUUUUAUAUCUAUAUAUAUGGAGGAUAUGUAUGUAUUAAGUUUGUAUGAAAAUUUGAUUUGAAAAGACUAUGAUAUGAAUGAUGAGAAACUAACCCUAAUUUGAUGUUGUUGGAAAUAUUCAAAUGUGAACUAAUUUUUGUUUAAUUAAGCUUUUUUUAUUUUACUUGGGGUUGGUUGUAACUUGUAUUGUAUGAUUUGUAUCUAUAAAUGGUGAUGUAAGAUUUGUAUC